GGCGCUCCGGCGGCAGCGUCCCGGCCCCGGGCAGGAUGCUCCCGCUCCCAGUGUGGCUGUGGCGGAGCUGUAGCCCCGUGUCCAGCCUCGUGGGGCCGGGUCCCCCCAGCCUCUUGGGCCGGCUGGUGGGGGACAUGCCGACGCCCCUGGCGGAGAUGGAGCGAAUGAGACGCUCCCUCCUGCUGGCUUCUCCCCUUCUCCGCGGGGGAGGCCAGGGGAGGGCGACGCCAAGGCAGAGCGGCCGCUCGCUGGCCGAGGGUGCUGGGAAGGAGCCCGGGUCCCAGGCGCCGGGGAAGGAGAAGUACCAGCUCUCCAUGGACGUGAGCGGCUUCUCCCCAGCUGAGCUGACGGUGAGACUGGCCGGGAGGAAGCUGACGGUGACGGGGAAGCGGGAGAGGAAAAGGGAGUCGGAGGCUGGAGUCUGCUCCCACGAGUACAGAGAGAUCCGCCGAGAAACGCUCCUGCCGGAAGCCGUGAACGUGCAGGCCCUGCUCUGCUCCCUGUCCCAGGACGGGCAGCUCUGCAUCGAGGCGCCGCCUCUGGCCCUGCCAGCUGCCGAAGGGAGAGCCGUUCCCAUCAGCGUCUGCCAGGGCGUGAAGGCAGGAGAAGGGAACCUGGCCACGGAGGGAAAGGAGCCGGGGAGCAGCGAGGUGGAGACAGGAGGAGGGACUGAGGGGUCCAGCCCCAGAGAUUCCUGAAACCAACAACAAAGUCUCAUAGUUAUGGGACUUCCCGGCCAGGCCUUUCACCGUUUAUUCCAGCAAUGUUGGAACCCUUUGUAUAGUGGUGGCAUUAAGAGCCAUUGAAUCAAACCAUAACCCCCUGUACAUGCUGGAAACCCCUUCACGCCAGGGGGUGGAGCUGUCCCCCUAGGUCCAGCACGUCUGAUUUACUCCAUGUGAUUCACUCUGUGAGACAUGACUGUGAAACCCUCCCUGGUUGCUCAUCAUUGGUGUCUGACAUUCAUAACAUUACAGUCGUUACUGUGAAAAAUAUUAAUUUCAGAACUGUAAAUAGCAGCUGGGUUGCUGUGUGCUGUUUGUCUGUGUAACUGCUGCAAAUAAACCCAUCUCUUCGGCCUCUUC